AUGCUUACACAUUUGGAAAGUAGAACAUAAAUAUUUUAUGUGUUCAGUAAAAUAGAUUUUUACUUUGUUAGCACUAAAGCUAAUUUAGAGGUUUUUAAAUGUAGUGGCUUUGGCUGAUUAUCAGCAAACAAUCCCUAAGACCCAAAGGAAGUCAUGGCGUCGCCUUUUUUGAAGUUCUCAGUACUGGUGCAGAAGUAUCGGACACCUCUUCUCCUUACUGGCUGCGCAGGUGUCUUCACAGCCAACAUUUUUUACCAUGUGUUUCCGAAAAACACGUACAGAAAACUCUAUCAAGCCUGGAGCAAAGGAGAGCCAGCCACCUUAUCAGAAAAACUGGAGAAUGUGUUCCAGCAGGUGCUGAAAGACUCAGCGGUCAGCUCUCCUCGUAACUACACGGCGUUCGCUGCUUAUGGUUUUCAUCCAGUUGGUGCAGGGAUUCCAUGGCUUCCCUCUGGAGCACAGAUCGGCAUCCCGUCCAACUUCAACGGCACACCGGACGAUCUGUCGGGAAUCACAAAUCGCACCAUUCUCAUCAACGGUAAAGAACUGGAGUGGGACAGUGAGAUGGGCAGCACACUGAAAAAUGCCCUGGUGUUGUCUGAAGAUGCUCAGAAGUUUGCCGUGGCGCGCGAGGUGGCCCGGUUACAGUGUGCUGGCCCGGUGCUGCAUGCUGCUGUGGCUCCUACCUGUCUGGCUGGAGCAUGGGUUUAUAGCGUUGCUCUCAAGCAGAUCUUUGGACUAUUUGCUCGAUCUGUUAUCCUGAGAGCUGGGGUUAACACGCUCGCUCUGGGUCUGGGAGUUGUGUCAUACGUUUUAGCCUCCGAUGCCAUGAACCAGUGGCUGGAGUUUCACUCGGACCGACGAGCUGCCAGCCUGUCCAGCAAUUAUGCAAAGGGUGGAGUUGAGUUCUAUGAGAAGAUUCUAGCAAGGAAUAAGACCUUGCGUGUUCUGAUGGGACCUAGAGGGGAAGAAAUGUACGCACCAAGUGGCAAUCUGUUCCCUGCCAGCCUGAUGAGUAUGAAACAUGCAUCAUACACAUUAAGGCGAGAUGUAAUUCUAAAUCUACUGAAAGAGGAGAAGGCAUAAAUGACAUUUGGACUUUCAAUAAAUGCAAACUUUUUUUUGUGAAAUCAAAAACUCUUUGUGAAUGUGAUCUAAUAUAUUUAUGUGUCUGAAACCCAGACUGUAUUUGUAAUGACAAACAUAUAAGCGGCAAGAUAUGUGCUGAAACAAAAUUACAUAAAACUUUAUAAGAUAAUUAUAUUUUUGAA